UUUUAUCGUUUCUCUCAAAACAGAGGAGAAACAGGGUCCUCUAAUCCAAAUUCCAAAGUUCCUCUUUUUUUCACCUUCCAACCCAACCCACAUGCUCCACUCUCUCUCUCUCUCUCUCUCUCACUCAUAGAAUAGUUCUUGCACUAUACUACUACCAAUGUUAUUGUGUUCUGUUUGAAAGAAGAAGAAGAAGAAGGUGUUGAAUGAUCAUUAAUAUUAUGGUAAAAGAGUGUAAGUGAGAAAGUGAAAGAAGAAAGCAAAAUGAUGAUAAUGGUUGGAGCAGAGGAGCAUGUUGUUGAGAAUGUACAAUGGCCACCAAUAGGGGCCCCACUAAAUGUACAAAGAGAUGAACAACAACAACAACAAUAUUGGAGUAACACCAAUUUCGACAGUUCUGUUAAUGCUGUCUCUUUUGGUUUUGUUGCUACUGCAAUUCUUAUUUCAAUGUUCCUUCUUAUGGCUAUUUUUGAAAGGUUUCUUAGACCUUCUUCUCCUGCUUUUUUUCCAAAUGCUCGCCGGAACCGUCGUCAUCUUCACUCUCCGACCACCCUCCGUACCAAGCUUGCUCACCCAUCACCAAAAAUGAGUGUUUUUACAAGUUGGGUAUCAGUUUUGAUGCCUGGAGAUGAGAUUCCGACAUUCAUCGCGCAUCCGGCGCCUGUACCGUGUUGCCCGGAACGAAUUUCAUGGCCUUCUCAUCAUCAGCAUACAACAUUGUCUUGUCCCAAUUCCAACAUUAUGCCUAAUAUCAACCAUGUAUGAAUGAGAGAAUUGAAUAUUUGACAAUGUUGUACAAUCUGCAAAUUCAAUCAAGGAGUUGAUGAAUAUUAAUUUAUGUGUGAGGAUAUAUUGUUAUGGAGGUUUAAUUUCCAUAAACAUUUAGAGAAGCUAUCUUUCUUUAUGGUAGCUCAUACUAUGUAUGUAUAUAAGAUUUAGUUUAGGUGGUUCUCAAUGGAUGAUCAAAUGUUGUGAUCUAAAAGUAUGUAUGCAUGUUUUUUCCUUGUAUUGUCA